GUAGUUAAAUUCGAGUGAGAGGGCGGCCGCACGGCUAAUACCUGCUCCCCCAUCAAAAGCUGAGCUCUCGCGUCUUCUUUUCCUCGUUGGUUUGGGCGACGGUUAAUUCGCGGCGGUCGCGGCGAGCUGCCGGCUUCGCUGCGCCGCAGCAGCAGCGUCCACGCUGGUGCUACUGCUGUUCGACCCGUCGACUAGCUGUCUUGUCGAGAGCUCACGUUUUAGGAGGGGACGGCUAAGGAUGCCGGCAGCGGGGAGGCUGUCGCCGUGGGCGACGGGCGAGAGGCGGCCGCACUUCUUCAAGGUGCUCAUGGGCGACUUCAAGAAGCGCCUGAAGAUCCCGCCGGACUUCUGCAAGCACAUCCCCUGGGAGGCGUCGAGGAAGAAGGCCAGGGCCGUGAAGGAGGCGUCCAUGGCGGCGACCCUGGAGGGCCCCAGCGGGCGGACGUGGCUGGUGGUCAUCCGCCGGACCGCCGAAGGCACCUUCUUCACCUCGGGCUGGCCCAAGUUCGUGCAGGACCAGGCGCUACGGGAGCUCGAGUUCCUCGUCUUCCGGUACGACGGCGACACGCGCUUCACCGCCAUGGUGUUCGACACGUCGGCCUGCGAGCGGGAGGACCUGCUGCUCGGCGGCGGCGGCGGCGACCCGCGCCGCGGCCGGCGGGGCACGAAGCGGGGCCGUGCGACGACGACGGGCGGCCCCUCUCGUGAGGCGGCCAAGCCCAAGCGCGCGCGCAAGGAUUCCGUCGGGAAGGAGCUGGUGCCAUACCGCGGCGCGACGACGGCGGGUGAUCGGCAGCUGCAGGUUGCAUGCUCCAACAGGACGCCGGAAUCGGCAGCUGGCGCGGUGAAGACCGAGAUGGAGGACGCCGACGAGCUGGCGCUGUGCGUGGUGAUCCCCGCGCCGCCACCGCCGCAGCAGGACGACCCCGCGCCGACGAGGCGUCGCCGGGGGCCCCAGCCCCAGGAUCCCGGCGCGGAGACGACGCGGCGCGCGGUGAAGACGCGGAGCAUCCACGAGGACCUGCAGGCGGCGGCGGCGCCGGCGCUCGCGGCCGACGACGCCGACAUCCCGGCGUCCGUCCGGCGCUACAGGGGGUACGUGUCCCGGCGGCGCCCCGCGACGGGCGCCGAGCGGCAGCUCGCCAUGGAGCUCGCGUACGCGUUCCGGUCGCCGCUGCCCUACUGCGUCAUCCGCAUGAGCACCAUGCAUGUUUACUACUCCUUCAUGAUGAGGUUCCCGACGGGGUUCUCGCGGCAGCACCUGCCGCGGGAGCGCACGGACGUGGUGCUCCGGGUCCCGGGGGGCAAGGCGUGGGUGGUGCUCUACAUCCCCAACACGCGGGACCGGCUAUCGCGCGGGUGGUGCGCCUUCGCGCGGGGGAACUGCCUGGAGGAAGGCGACUACUGCGUCUUCGAGCUCGUCGGCGCCGCCGAGUUCCGCGUCCACGUCUUCCGCGUCGUCGACCCGCCCGUGCCGGCGGUCAGGCUCCGGAGCGCCGCGUCGGAUCCAAUCUGAACUGAUCUGACGACGAGCGCAUCGCACGCACGUUUAGUUUGCAGCUGACGUGCGCGUCGGAUCGUGAUGGCUCCGCUCGUCGCAGAGGCUGAUCGACAUCGACAACUCGACAUAUAUAGCAACGGAAGGUCCAGGUGCAAUUCAAAGAGGACAUCGCUGCCUCGUUUUUCUGCUGCUAGUCCCGAAUCUGCUUCUCAUGCAGAUGUUUUUGCUCAAAAGAAAAUGCAGAUGUCAACGCUGCAA